AUGUCGCGAUCAAUAUCCAGCUUGAUGGGCUCCCUCCCUCGAGUAUCCCAAUUUAUACGGCCGGCUUCCUUCACAGCCAGGCCUAUUGUGUCGCAAUGGCAGUGCCGAAACAGCUCCCACUCGCCCAUGGGCUCCGCGAGUCUGAAUACCCGCAAGAAAAUCACACUCGGCUCCAUACGGACACUGUACAAGAGAGGGGAGCCCAUCACCAUGCUCACGGCCCAUGAUUUUCCGAGCGGCCACGUCGCCGACGCAGCAGGAAUGGAAAUAGUCCUGGUCGGCGAUAGCUUAGCCAUGGUUGCCAUGGGCAUGGAAAAUACCAACGAGGUCCUGAUGGAGGAAAUGCUGCUGCAUUGCCGUUCCGUAGCCCGGGCAGCAAAGACCGCCCUGAUUAUUGGCGAUAUGCCUAUGGGAUCAUACGAGAUAAGUCCAGAACAGGCUUUAGAGUCCGCGAUCCGGUUCACCAAAGAAGGCCGCGUCCACGGCAUCAAGCUCGAAGGAGGCGCUGAAAUGGCACCCACAAUAAAAAAGAUCACCACCGCCGGUAUUCCCGUUCUGGGCCAUAUUGGCCUCACACCACAACGGCAGAACGCCCUGGGAGGAUUUCGGGUACAGGGGAAGACCUGUGCCGGUGCCAUGCGGGUCCUUGAGGAUGCAUUGGCGAUCCAAGAAGCUGGAUGUUUCGCAACUGUUGUCGAAGCAGUGCCGGCAGAAGUUGCGGCCCUCAUUACCAAGAGACUUUCCAUUCCGACGAUCGGUAUUGGUGCUGGGAAUGGUUGCUCCGGUCAGGUGCUGGUCCAAGUAGACAUGACUGGCAACUUCCCACCGGGACGGUUCCUCCCCAAGUUUGUAAAGAAAUAUGGUGAUGUCUGGGGCGAGAGCUUGAAGGCGAUACAUGCUUAUCGGGAUGAGACCAAGAGCCGUGCCUAUCCUGCCUCGGAACAUACCUAUCCGAUUCCUCAGGCGGAGCUCGUGGAAUUUGAGCGCAUCUUAAACGCGAAGGAUGUUUAA